UAACACCUAGGUUUUUGUUUCCAAACAAAGGCUCUUCUUUUUUUUCUUUAGUUAACUACUAUGGCCCAUUUCCUCGAGACACAGCAGCCCCUCGUAUUCUCCGGAAAGAAACGUAACGAUCGCGAUGACGACGACAGAGACGCCUUGGCUGCAAAGAAAUCGGCACUGGCGGUGCGUGAUGUCGACCCUGCAGCGGCCCUAGCGAGCAUCCGACAUGAGUUUGGGGAGCACGGGGGAGUGAACAUGUCCAUCGAAGCCUCCGCCACCUUCACCGUCAUGGAACCUGAUACCAUGAGGCGGAUGUUCUCCGGAGAAUUGGGACCGGACAACGACUUCUUCGUAUACAGCCGGCACUUCAACCCCACCGUGCUCAACCUCAGCCGCCAGAUGGCUGCUCUCGAAGGCACCCAAGCUGCCUACUGUACCUCAAGCGGUAUGUCGGCGAUAUCGUCAGUGAUGCUGCAACUGUGCAGCAGCGGAGGACACGUGGUGGCGGCAAGCACGCUCUACGGAGGAACACACGCUUUGCUCUCUCAUUUCUUGCCACGGACCUGUAACAUAACCACCUCCUUCGUUGACAUAACGGACCAUGGCGCGGUGGCAAACGCGAUUGUCGAGGGUAGGACAGAGGUUCUCUACUUUGAGUCGGUGGCAAACCCGACGCUGACUGUGGCUGACAUACCUGAGCUGAGCCGUAUGGCACACGAGAAGGGCGUGACAGUGGUGGUGGACAACACCUUCGCACCCAUGGUGCUGUCUCCGGCCAAGCUUGGAGCAGAUGUGGUGGUUCACAGUAUCUCCAAGUUCAUCAGUGGUGGGGCUGACAUCAUCGCAGGGGCCGUGUGUGGGAGUGAGAAGCUGGUGAAAGGGAUGAUGGAUCUGCGUGGCGGAUCUCUGAUGCUGCUAGGUCCCACAAUGAACGCCAAGGUGGCUUUCGAGCUCUCCGAGCGAAUACCUCACUUGGGCCUACGCAUGAGGGAGCACAGCCGCAGAGCCCAAGUAUAUGCUGAGAGAAUGAGGGAGUUGGGGAUGAAAGUCAUAUAUCCAGGGCUCGAGACCCACCCGCAGCACAGGCUAUUCAAAGGGAUGCUGAACAGAGACUACGGAUACGGAGGAUUGCUGUCCAUAGACAUGGAGACAGAGGAGAAAGCCAACAAGCUCAUGACAUAUCUCCAGAACGCCACUCAGUUCGGCUUCAUGGCCGUCAGUUUGGGCUACUACGAGACACUCAUGUCCUGCUCCGGCAGCAGCACCAGCAGCGAGCUUGACCCCUCGCAGAAGGAAGCUGCAGGCAUCUCUCCUGGCCUUGUACGAAUGUCUGUGGGGUAUGUGGGUACAUUGGAGCAGAAGUGGACACAAUUCGAGAAAGCAUUCCUCAGAAUGUAAUGUCUUCUUAUAUGAUGGUUUUCUUUCCCCCAAAAUUCAUCAUCUGCGAUAUAUGUAUGAUGUGGCCAAUGUUCAGUCUCUUAUUUGUUAUAAUUAACACAGUGUUCUAGU